AUGCCACCAGCACUCGGGAUGGUCUCACCGCCAUCACCCUCCCAGCAUACCGCUACCACCAAGCCACCACAAGCCACUCCAGAUAAGAUGACCAACGGCACGUCGGAACAUCCCGAAGAGGCCACGGACAGCAAGGAGAAGGAGACCAAAGACGAUGACAGCACAAAGUCAGAAGGCGACGAGGACGCCGGCAUCGAGCGUGGCAUGAAGCUCGACGUCAAGAGCCUCUAUCGCGAAGACUACGAUCAUGCUUGGGAGGAUUGGACACCCGACCACGAGAAGAUGGACGCCGAACGCCUCAAGAACUCGAGAUUCGCAGUCGUGGUCCGCCAUGAGAUGGACACCGCCGCGGAUUCCGGCCUACGACUCCACUCCAUCACGAUACAAAGCCCUCUGCUCCGGAAGAUACUCGACAAGCUCUUCCACGGCUACAGAGACAUCUCCACCAAGCUGAAGGAGCUCACAUUCAGCUGCCCAUUCCACGAGUUCUACUUCCGCUGGGAUCGGUACAUUGAGCUCACCGAACAAGAGACCGACGACACCACUCGAAGUCACAUCGCGCUGCUGAACAAGACGAUCAAGCCGGAGAUUGAGCCUCAUGUUGAGCUUGGCAAAGAGCUCAGAAAAGAGGGAACGAUCACUUUUGACUACCUUUGGAUCCUGUUCCAACAAGACGCCGAGGUCUGUGCUCAAAUCGCAAAGCAGAACCGUCUUUUCAACCUUGUCCGAGCAUCCUACCAGAAGACACAGGUCGGUGUUGUGUUUUCGAUGACCUGCAAAUUCGUCAGCUUCGAUGGCGAUCGUUUUGGUUAUCAGAACCACACUUUCCAGAUCAAGGCCUUUGAAGGUCACAGGCGUGUGUCAGAGCUGAGUGUUUUACCGCUCGAUCUGCACUCGAGACGAGACGCAAUCGUGACACAGACAACAGCACGAGGCCGCACUUUUGUGAAGCUCCAAGGCGUGAACUACAAGUCGUACUAUGGGUUCGUGGAACCGGCGGAUCCUCGGAGGAAGAGACAGAAGAUUGAUGGCGGUCGGGUAGUGAUCGAUGCGGCUGGAUACAACAACGAGAACGUGGAGGAUGAGCAGCAUCUCGAGACACUACAGGACGCAUCAGACAAGUUUUCCGACACAGUCAACAACCAGGACCUAGACCGCGAUGAUGACUAUUUCAUUUUCCUUUGA